CACCAUUCCAUUCCACUCGACACCGCCACUCCCAAACCGAGUCCUGAAGCUGCUCUCGUCUGCCGUCAUUCUCGCAACCACCAGGCACGGCACUCGUGCGGACGCCAUGGCGCUCAUUUCUCUCCCAACCACCUUUCAGCACCGAGUUGCACCACAACUGCCUCGCGUGUAGUUUCCGAAGCACGGAUUGCUCGAGCCGCGUUGACCCCUACUAGUCAUGGACCACGUCCGGCGUGACUGGAUUGGAUCGGCCAUAAUCUAGGAAGGCUUUAAGUUUCGGACCUGCGCGCACCUGAGCGAAACCAUAGCGACUUCGGUUGAGUUUCUGUCAGCGUGGUCCGUCGCGAGACUACCCGCUGCGCCGGUCCGUACUAGCAACACAUAAGUAGCGUGGUUUGUGUAGCCACUAAAUCGAACAGUCGUCACUGCGGAGCGUGUGUGCGCACUCAAGAUUUUCCUCUCAAUCCUUUUCGCUGUUAGGCCGAGAACCAUUUCCGCUGAAACCGUUUCGUCCUGGACUCAAAGUCCGCAGUAUUAUCACUCGCAUUCCUGAUUUUAGGCACACGCGCGACAAGCACUCUACCUUUAUCCGACUCGUAAGUCCGGAAUUGAAGGCGCAUUGUCCAAAGGAGCACAGCGGUCUGCCUUCUGCCUCACCGCAUCCUUCUCCCCUCACACGCGCCUAAGCGAAGUUCGCGCAGGGGCAUCCACCGCCGUGCUAAGCUUAGAAGAUCGCUACACGCCAUAUCCACGCCAGCUGGCAUUGACCCUCUACUCCUCAGUUGCUUAAGUUGCUACUAAUCAUACACGCUCGAUUAAGUUAUUUGCGAUAUUCUGUUGCCGGGCGCUCUGUCGGUCGACUCUCUCCUUCACCAGCUCCUACCUCCCUUGCUUCGGCGCCUGCCUUCGGCUCCGCCUCUCCGCUCCGCUCAGAUCAUCGCCCCUCAGCUCCGCUCCGCUCCCCUCCGCUCUCCUCUCCGCCCUUUCCCAAGUUCAAUCCAUGGCUGUCGAAUCCUCGCCACAACGUCCCUCGGCGGUUAUGGAUCAAGCACCCGCGGAGCCUCUCAUCGGCGGAAGAUACCAGCGCGUCCGCCAGGUCGGAGUGGGCGCGCAGGCCACCGUGUGGGAGUGCGCGGAUUUGCGCGCCUCUCCGGAGGCGCGGACGGUGGGCGCAGGGGCUCACAUCCGCACUAUUCCGACUCAACGAGCCACGGAAAACUCUGCUCAAUGUCUUCGGGUCGCGGAAUCGUCGUCGCAAGGAGUCGCCGAGUCGUUUCAAAGAGUCGCCUGCAAGAGCUUCCGCCUUUCCAGGACCGCCGCCGCGACCGCCGCUUUGUCGUUCAACACUUUCAACUCGCCCUCAGUCCCGGCCGUCGACUCCCUCGCCGCAUUCAACGGCGGCCAUGGCAACUCCGAGCUCUCUCACCUUCGCCAGUCGCCGCUGAUGCGGGUGGACGCUUUCGCCGAGGUCUCUUCGUUGGAGAUGGUAACCGGGCACCCGAAUAUCGUUCGCCUGUUGGACGUCGUCGUGGAACCGCCACGUCAACACGUUCCCACCGCUGCGGCUACGAGCAACCGGCACGUCGAAUCGGCGACUUGCGGCCCGGCUGCAGCUGACGUCAGUGCCACUACUAGCGCUACUACUGCUAAUAGUGCUACUACCACAGCCACUAGUUGUAGUAUAAGUAGUAAUAGUAGCCGUUGGAGGGUGCACGUGAUUAUGGAGUACACGGACUCGGAGGACCUACUAACGGAGAUUGUGAAGCGCGGCCCACUGACGGAGCGCGACGCGGCGGCGGUGUUCCGCCAGCUGGCAUCCGCCGUGGCGUUCUGCCACGCGAGCGGCGUGAUCCACCGCGACGUGAAGCCUGAUAACGUACUGCUCACGCGACCGCCACCCGCAUCGCAACCAGCGCCGCCGUCGCCGUCGCCAUCGCCAUCGUCGGCAUCGGCGUCGCCACUGGCAGCGCGAUCGCCAGAAAAAUCGCCCUUCUGUUGGGUGGGGAAAGAGUCUGUGAGAGAGGGGGAGCAGAUCGGACGGGGAGGAGCAGAAGCAGGAGGAGACGCGGUAGGAGGCGGACGAGUGGGUGGCCAAGCAAGUUCUUGCUUGAAACCCGCACACUGGAGUAGCAGCGGAGCUAGUAGCGGAGCUAGCAGUAACGCGGAUUGGAUCUCGAUCAGCAGUAGCACGACUAGUCGGGACGGAGCUCGAAGGCGCACCUCCCCUUCUUCCUCUUCUUCCCCGUCCUCCCCGUCCUCAUCGCUCUCCACGCCAACCGCUACUAGCAGCCCCGCUCCCCCCGCUCCCUACCCGCUCAUCCUCCCGCCCCCAUGCCACCCCCACUCCUACCACCCCCACUCCCUACGCCCCUCUCCAAACAUCUCUCCCCAGGUUUCCCCUCCUUCCUCCUUCUCGUCCUCCUCCUCCUCCCACACGCGCUGCCGCGUCUCGUGCUCCUUGCACCCUCCCUCCUCCGCUUUCUCCUCCCCUCCUUCCCCGUCCGCAUACCCGCACUCCUCCCCGUGCCUAUCCCCGCCCCGCUCCCCUCUCUGCACCCCCCGCCCGUCCACGCUUCCCGUCCGGAACCCCUCCUCUGCCCACGCCGCUUCCCCCGCCGCUUCCCCCGCCCAAUCUGACCGUCCUGCUGCUCGCUCCAAUCACUCUGUCAACCCAUCUGACCGUUCUGCCGGCCAAUUCGACCGUUCGUCCCUCAUUGUGAAGCUCGCUGAUUUCGCGCUCUCAGCACACGUGGAAGGGGGGCCCCGGGGCAGAAAGGCAGACGCAGGGGCUGGCACGCGGCUAUACAUGGCUCCUGAGCUCCUGGGAGGAAGCGAUGGGAGGAGGGGCGGUGGGGGGGGAGGGGGAGGAGGGGAGGGGGGUUACGGAUGUAAGGUGGAUGUGUGGAGUAUGGGGAUUACUCUUGGUGCUAUGCUAACUGGGCGUAUCCCUGGUACACCGAUUAAUUUUAAUGGGGUGGUGUGGCGAGGGGUGUCGGCGGGAGCGAAGGAUCUGAUCCGUCGGAUGCUCCAGGACGACCCGGAUCGACGGCUGAGCUCGUUCGAGGUGCUGGAGCAUCGGUGGUUGCAGCAGACGAGCGGCUGUAAUCAUGCUCCAACCACCACAACUGCUGCUGCUGCUGCUGCUAAUGGCACUACGUCUGCUUCAUCUGCCAAUUCAGUCUUCUCCAGCCUCACUCCCAUGCAUCCAUGCAGCACAGGGCGUCACUGCGCCCCUGCAACGCAGCAGCACUCGGCAGCACCAUUGGCGGUGACAACUGGGCACGGACGGCAGUGGCUUGGUGCAUGGACCUGAGAGGGGGCUUCACUGGGGGUUUGCGCGGGAGGCUGAGCGGGAGGCUGAGAACCUGGCGGCCCACCCACCCACCCACCCACCUCCCUCAACUCUGGUGUGCGUAGCGUGCAUGGCAAGGUUCUUGGAAUCCGCAGCAGCAGCAACACUGCUCUAGAGUGUGCUGCUGUGCACGUGCUUUGCAGGAGAAUUUGCAGUGUGUAAUGAGAACUGGGCCACUGGGCCACUGAGCUACAGAGCCACUGAGCAGCGUGCAUGCCGUGCAGCUGCAGAAUAGAGUGUGCACUCAGAAAAGGAGAUAGAAAUGAGAUGGUUGCCUGUUUGUAUGUGUAAGGAAUUUUCCAUUCCUUAGCGCGCCACACCGCUACCGCGUACACCAACCCUACAUGGCACCGACAUCUGCCCUAGCUUCAGCCCGAACAAGGUACCGAACCAUUUCCGUGUCACUUCGAAGCGCUCCGCGUCCUCGGAUGCCUUCUAUGAACCUGUUCGAUCACGCGGCCAGGAUUGCUCUGGUGUUCCUACAUCUUGCUUCCUCAUUCCAUUGUACCACAUUCUGUUAUUC